AUGUCCGUAGAGCUCAAGGACCUGGCCCCGCUAUUACUCAAGAAGGAACGCGCGAAUGGCGAUAUCGAUCCUACAAAGCUCACGACUGUGCUACGCGGCGGCCAAGCAGCGAGUGUUCGACGCCGUGAACUGGUCAAGAUGAUUGAGCAACAUCCGGUGCUUUCCGAUCGCAAUAUGGUGUACCGCAAUCACACGGAGCGAUACAACUUUGGAUUGAGGAAAGCGUUCUACCUGGUCCAGUUGCUCCAAGGGGGCGAGUUUACGGACACGGACGAGACGGUCUUGUUGAAUGCAUUGGGGGAACAAGUGCCACUGGACUUGCACCGGAACAUGUUCAUCCCGACGAUUGAGACCCAAGGAACGAACGAACAACGGGCCAAGUGGCUGCCACUGGCCAAAGCCUACCGGAUCCUGGGUACGUAUGCGCAGACGGAAUUAGGUCACGGAUCCAACGUACAAGGGAUCGAGACCGUGGCUACGUACGAUGCGAACACGCAGGAGUUUGUCAUUAACUCGCCGACAAUGACCAGUCGCAAGUGGUGGCCGGGCGGACUGGCAAAGACAGCAACGCAUGCGAUUGUCAUUGCUCGACUCGUGUUAGCGAACCGAGACGUGGGUCUGCAGUCGUUCAUUGUGCCCAUCCGCUCGUUAGCUGACCACAGAGUGCUGCCUGGCAUAGCGGUGCGCGACAUUGGACCGAAACUCGGCUUCAAUGCCAUCGACAAUGGCGAGUGCACGUUCCGCAGUGUUCGCAUUCCACGGGCAAACAUGAUGAUGCGGUAUGCUCAGGUGCUCGAAGACGGCUCGUUUGUAAAGCCCCAAAGCGACAGACUUGUGUACCUCACGAUGGUACAAGUGCGUGCAAGUUUGAUCACGACGUUGGGAGAGCGUCUGGCUGCAGCGUCGACAAUCGCCACUCGCUUCAGUGCAGCUCGCGUCCAAGGCCAUCGACCCAGUCACGAGCGCGAGGUCCAAGUGCUCGACUAUCAGAACCAACAGCACGCGUUGUUUCCGCUGAUUGCAAUUGCCUACGCCUCGCACUUUGCUGGCUCAGCGGUGAUUGCGAUGCACAAAGCUGUGCUAGAGAGCAUCGACCGUGGAGACAUCGGCUUUGGUGCAAAGCUUGCGGAGCUCCACAACGUGUCGUCUGGAUUGAAGGCCUGGAUCGCUGACAAAGUGGGCGAUGGGAUCAUGACAUGCCGAAGACUCUGUGGGGGACACGGCUUCUCUCAAUCCAGUAAUCUUGGGCAUUUAUUCGCCGAGAUUGCAGGUGCCAACACGUUUGAAGGCACGUCGGACGUGCUCGUCCAGCAACAUACGCGGUACCUGCUCAAGGGACUUGCUCCGUCGACUGCAAUUGACACACAGCUCGUGGGGAACGUGAAGUCUCGUGCCGAUUGGAAGCGACGCUGCAACGCUGAAGUUCAUGCGGACUUUGGCAACUUUGACCUUCUACUUGACGCCUUUCGAGCACGCGCGACCCGUUCGCUGCAAGCACUGCAUGCAUCGAUGGAGGCCACUGACAACGACAGCAAUGCCAAUAUGAUUCAAUUGACGCACGUGUCUAUUGCGCAUACAGAGCUGAUGGUCCUGGACUCGUUCGUGCGUGGAGUCGAGCGUUUACCGAUGGGACCGGAGAAACAGUGUCUUACUGACUUGUGCUCCCUUUUGGGCGCGUGGCUUAUCACCAAGUCGCUUGGUGACUUCCGACAAAACGACUACCUCUCUUCAAAGCAGGCUGAGCUAGUACGUCAACAGGUUGUUCAUCUGUUGCCAGUCAUUCGCAAGAACUGCGUGCUGCUCACGGACGCUUGGGACUUUAGUGACUUCGAGCUGAACUCGACCAUAGGCGGCUACGACGGUGAUAUCUACCGCGCGCUGGUAAAACGCGUCGAGGACGAGCCACUGAACCAGACGGAGGUUACUGCCGGCUAUGAGGAGUACUUGAGACCUCUCAUCCAGUCCAGACUCUAA